AUGCAAGACAAACAGAUGUUUUUCUUCCAAAUUUUUUCUUCUUUGAUUCUUCCAUUGUUCGUUCUCCUUCCUUCCACGUUUUACUUUCUUCUUUCUUUCUUUCUUUCUUUCUUUCUUUCUUUUCAUCUUAUCAGUUUUUUUUUCUUUCCUUCUUUUCAUCUUCGUAGUUUUUCUUUCUUUCUUUCCUUCUUUUCAUCUUCUCAUUUUUCUUUCUUUCUUUUCUUCUUUCCAUCUACUCAGUUUUUAUUUCUUUUCUUCUUUCCAUCUUCUCAUUUUUCUUUCUUUCUUUUCUUCUUUUCAUCUUCUCAGUUUUACUUUCUUCUUUCUUUCUUUCUUUCUUUCUUUCUUUCUUUUCAUCUUAUCAGUUUUUUUCUUUCCUUCUUUUCAUCUUCUUUUUAUUUCUUUCUUUCCUUCUUUUCAUCUACUCAGUUUUUCUUUCUUUCUUUCUUUCCUUCUUUUCAUCUUAUCAGUUUUUCUUUCUUUCCUUCUUUUAAUCUUCUCAUUUUUAUUUCUUUCUUUCUUUCUUUUCAUCUUCUCAGUUUUUCUUUCUUUCUUUCCUUCUUUUCAUCUUCUCAUUUUUCUUUCUUUCUUUUCUUCUUUUCAUCUUAUCAGUUUUUCUUUCUUUCUUUCCUUCUUUUCAUCUUCUCAGUUUUUCUUUCUUUCGUUUCUUCUUUUCAUCUUCUCAUUUUUCUUUCUUUCAUUCCUUCUUUUCAUCCUAUCAGUUUUUCUUUCUUUCUUUUCUUCUUUUCAUCUUCUCAGUUUUUAUUUCUUUCUUUCCUUCUUUUCAUCUUCUCAGUUUUUCUUUCUUUCUUUCCUUCUUUUCAUAGUAUCAGUUUUUCUUUCUUUCUUUCCUUCUUUUAA